AUCGGAACAAUUAAUAUGGUGCACAGCUUAGCUGUCAUUGGCUGCUGCUUGUUGUCUUCAAAACGGACGGCGCACCUCUCAAAAGGUGUACCAACCAACAUGGAAACUGAGGUCGAAUUUCUUCGUGAUCAAGUCCGUAGGCUGAAUUCUUCUCUCGGUCGGUAUCAACGUGAGGGGAAUGCACGGACCAAACCAUCUCAGGUUGAAGAUGCAAAGAAGACAGAGUUUGAUGCUCCCUGGCUCUCUGAUCGGAGCAUAAUGGCUCCGCUGAUAGCCGAGUAUGAUCGCCACAUUGAUGAAAUGUCUCAACAGCUGCAGAAAUACCAGGUGUCCAUGACAGAUGUCAAAGAAAAGUUGGAAAUUGUUGUCCAGGAAAAUGAAAGGCUGCAUGCAGAAAUGAGGGAAUCGGUUGAGAAGCAGCUUCAAUCAGCCUCAAACAUCCCUGGAGUGGAGAUGAACAUUUUGGAGGAGGAAGCAAUGGUUAAAAAUCUCCAAGAACAAGUCAAGCUUUCGGAACAGGAGCGGAUGCAAGCCAUGGAGUUGUGGCAGACAGCAGCACUGGAGCUUGAUCGUCUCCAGGAGUUCUACCAGAAGAACCUCACUGAUAGGCAGAGUGCUGAUGCUAAGGAACAGCAGCUCAAGGAUCAAAUUGUAGUUAACCACCAGCAGACACACCAACUCCAAGUGACCAACCAGGAACUACAAUUGACCAAUCAACAGCUAAUAAAAACGGUGACAGAGCAGAGUACGGAGAUGGAGGGGCUACACAGCCAGCUCAGAACGACCAAAGGUGAUUUGGGGACAGCCACAACCAAAGUGGAAGAAAUGAACAAACAGCUCCAGUUAGUUCAGCACCAGCUAAAGCGACAGGAGGAAGAUCUCGUCGAGUCUCACAGCCGAGAGGAAGCAGCAGAGAGACGAAUUCAACAGCUUCAGGCAACCAUCUGUCAGAAAGAGACCAGGCUCAAAACGACAUCCCAAGCGGCAGAUGAUGUUCGAGGAGAGCAAACUAUGUGGGAGCAAAUGUCAGGGAACCUGAAGGCCAGAUGUACGACCUUGGAGCAAGAGAAAUAUGAUGCACUGGACAAAGUUCGAGAGAGUGUGCAGAUGGCUGAAGAGGCAGUACUGCAGAAGAAUGAGGCUCUCUUAAGAGAGAAGCAGAUGAUGGAGGAGCUUGAGAAGACAAAGAAGGUUAUUGCACAGCUGAUUGACGAUGCUGCUGUCCGCACCAGAAAAGAGGUGGAUAAUAUACGCAAGCAGUGCAAUGUUGAACUCCGUCGUAUGGCCGAGGAGCUGUCUUUAAUGCAACUGGAGUGUGCAGAAAAAGAAUCUCAGAAUGAGAGGUCUAAGCGAGAGAGAAAAGCUUUAGAGGAGGAACUGGCAAAGGUGGUUAAGGAGGGUCGGGCAGAACCAGAGCUUGGGAAAUUUGAUGUCCUUCACCAAAGGUGUCUCACUGCAGAGAGGAUGAAAGAUGAAAUAAGCAUCACUUUACAAAGUACACAAAGCAAACUAAAAAAGAUGGAAAUGGGCUAUAAUGAAGAAUUGUCCCGUAGUCAGGAAGAAGUGCAGCGGCUGAAGGGUUGUUUGGCCGCAGCAAGAGAGGACUGCGUCAAAAUCAGUGACGAGCGACUCCAACUGCAGCAAGAGAAUUUUCAGAUACGCAGGGAAAUGGAUGAACUGCGCAAGGCCUCCUUGCUUGCUCAAAAGAAGGCCAAACAACAGGUGUCACAGAUGGAACAUGAGUACAGCCUCAAAGAGAAGACUCUUAGUGCACAGAUGAGUGACCUGGAGGAGAGCAGCCGCAACUCAAGUGCUGAUCUGAUGCGCCUUCUCACUGCGCAGAACAAAAGUAUUCAGCGUUGGAAAGACGAGGGAAAGAACAUGGCCCAAGCCUUUGAAAUUAAAAUGAAAAAUAUGAAGGCCGAGCUAAAUCAACACAAGCAGCGGUCACAUGAGUUAGAGCAUCAGCUCGGAAACAACCUCAAAAUGAUUGAAGAGUAUAAGAGGCAGUUAGCAGAGUCUCAAGAGAAAGCCAGUCGCCUCCAAAGACGACUGAAUGAUGUCGAGCAACGUGCAACAACUGCUUCACAACAGAUUACAGUUAUGGCUUCCAAGCAAAGAAAAACGUACUUUCUUGAGCCAAAGCAUGAGUAACGGCACUUUCCAUGGAUUUAUUGGACCCGAAGUAAAAAUGUGUUUCCUCUCCAGAUCCUAAAAUUACACAAAUAAUUUAUACAGUAUGUAUUGCCAAAACAUCAACAUGUGUAUGUCAAUGGAUGAUUGAGAACAUAACAGACAUCAGUUUUUAAUUAAUGUGGUUUUGAAUGAAGAUUGUCCUCCCGGUAUACAUAGUGUAAAUAUUUGGUAUUUUGGGGCAUUCAAGCUUUUAAUAUGGAACACUUCACAGGAUGUAUUGUCUCAAUGGCAUUGAGAUCGUGUGAUGUGUUCUUUACAAUUGUAUAUCUGUUUAAUAGUUUGUUUUUAUGCAAAUCUAUUUUAUAUACAGUCAUUUGUGUCAUUUGAAUGGAAAAACGAUUUGCACUGGUUUAUGUGUAUCAAAUGUUGUGUCGUUGCCAUUGUUGGUCUUUUAUUUCACUUCAUGUGCAACUUUUAUCCACAGUAUUUCCAUGUUUUAUACUGAUGUUUUUUUUUGUUUUGUUUUUUUCAGAAAUGUUCCAAUUGAACAAUUGACAAAAUGAACAUAUUCAUGAUGCCACUGACACCCUCAUUUUAGAAUUAUCAGUUUCCCUUUUAGAAUGGGUGACAUUAGUUUUUAUUUAUUGAUUGAUUUAAUCAAAUUCCGAGAAGAUUUUUUUGGCCAAGAUGACCGAAAACAUUUCAGUGGCUGUCACAGAUUUUUCUUAUUCCCUGUCCUUAUUUGUGGGGCCCAGUGUAUGUGUACUGAAGCAAAUUUAUCAGCUAAUUCAGCAUUGUUUAUUUUGUGUUGUUUUCUGGUAUUGUAUACAAUCGACAAUAAAAAUGUAUAUUUACUUCCGGA